UCAAGUAGUGCACGGGUCAACAUUGGCUCUCAACGUUCAACAGCCCGAAAGGCUCGCCCGCGGGGCGCGCACGCACACGGACGACGUAGUUGAAGUCGAAGUCGGGCGGUCACCAUCGAUUCUCGAGCUGUGGGCUCAUGGCUGCGUAUAAGUAGCGGACGUUAUGGCACUCGACGUGGCCGUUCAGGCGGCCAAGGCUUUGCUGUUAUGGCCGGCGACGACGGCCGGGUAUAGGCGUCGAUGCCCCGUGGCUACGACCGACAAUGUGCGCGGCUUAGCGACAGAUGGAUGGGGUAGCCCUUCGACUGGUGCGCCUUGCGCGGGGGGAUCCCUCUCGCGCGAAGCGUGGGGAUCGUACGAUUGCGCCUGUUCGUGGAGGAUGGGACUGGAGACGGGCAUGUCGAAGACGUCGCCUAACUGAUGUUACUACUGGGACGGUCCAGGUAUGAUGGUCAAGCUGCUUCCAUCAGGCACAAUAUCAUUCUGUUUGCGU